GCUCAUCUCUAGUACUUAAGAAAAAGUGUUAAACGAGUCAAGUGAAAAAGUUCUAACGAGUUUUGUUUUUAGGAAAAUUUGGCAAUAAAAAGUCAUAAUAUAUAAUAAAUUAGGUUUAAGUAGAUCUACAACCGUGGUGACGAUUUCGUCAUAAAUUAAACACAGUUACCGAGAUAUAUAUACAUAUACAAGCAUUGAAAAAUCGUCAUCAGCGGAUAUAGGACAGGGCAACGGGCGGAUACACACACAAACACACUUAUACACAUAGACACACACACACACACACUCGGAUACAAACAAAUACCUAGCUACACUUAACAUUUCAUAUACACACUCAUAAACACAGCCCCACAUAUAAACUUUCGUUUGUUCGAAUUUUGAGAUUCUCGCUUAUAUGUAGAUUAUAUUUUUUAUCUAUUUUACUAUUUGUAUUUUACCUUAAUUACAUUGUAUUCUAUCUUAAAAAAACACAAAACACGAAAAAUACUUUUAAAAAUGAUCAACAUUCAGACUAUAGAAAAUGUUGCGGACUGCACGCCGCUUUAUUUGCCGCACAGCUUGUAUCUCAAGCCGUUGGCUAAAAUGCAAAUAUCAGUUGCGUUGCCCGAAAAAAUCAAAGCCGGCAAAUCUGUAUCGAAUCUGGAGAUAAUGGAUAAACUAAGUGCGGAACUGAAACCAGAUAAAUUUCUAGUACUUAGGGUCUCGAAGAGUACAGUAAACUACAUACGUUUCGAAGCAGAGCUGGACGAACGCAAGCGUCUGCGUUUGGCCAUUGGACGCUUGGACGGCAUCGCAUUGCGACUGUCGGGCUUUAGUGAUUCGUUUCGGGUGCGUUGCACCGAGGCCAAAGACGAGUUUCCCACACGUCACGAUUGGGAUUCAUAUUUUCGAGAUGCCCGCAACAUGGAUGAAAUGAAAGCGGGUGAACGACCAGAUACCAUACACCUAACCCAUUUGCCCAUUCGCUGGUUUUGCGCACGACAUGCGGAGCACGAGGAGCACGUGAAGCCAAGCGAAAGCAUAUUUAAGCGCAUCUUUGAGAAAUUCGGGCCUGUCCGUGCUGUUGACAUACCUAUCUGCGAUUUGUAUAGAAAGUGCAUGCAGUCAGAUAUAAGCGGGAUGCGAACGUUUAGCUACGAGCAGGAUGUGCUCUUCGAAGCAUAUGUUCAGUUCGAAGAAUACUCAAGCUUUGUACGAGCCAUGGAUGAGUUUCGAAGCACCAAGCUGGUGCGGAAGUACGUCGACAAAACGCAAGCCAUCAAUAUUAAUGUUACCUUUGACAAACAAAAGCAUUUAAGCGAUUCACAUGUGCAGCGACGUGAGCGUAUGAGAAAGCGCUGCAUUGCCAAGGCCCAGGCCGAGGAUGAAGAGCUCGAGCGGGAGAAAAGGAAACAAGCAGAGCUACAAGAACUUGAAAGGCAAAAGAAAGAGCAAUUGAAAUUAUCCGAAUUGGAGAAGCAGCGCGAACGUGAAGAGAAACGCAAGGAGAAGCAUUUGAAAAGGAUUCAAGAACGCGGCCAAGUGGAGAUUUCACAAAAGAUACGCAUCGAAGAGCGUAAAUUGAUGAUAGCACAGCGAAAACUGGAGAGCAUACGAAUCCUGGAGCAGGUUUUUGAACGCAUACAACUCAAGCAAAAAGAAAAGAAGCAGCGUGGGAACCACGAUGAGGUAAAAGACUUGCAACGAGGGCGUUUGGUGGAAAAGUAUAAGAGCGCCACAGAAAAGUUGGUCUGCGACCAACGCAAGAUUGUGCAAGAAAUCAAGAGUAAUACUCCGCUAAUGGGCUUGCUCAAGAGCAAGUUGAAGAAGAGUGGGCCAGCUGCAGUCAGCAGUGAGGAGGAAGAUUCAACUACAGUUAUCAAAAAGCAUAAGCUUAACGGGAACAUUGCCGGCCCUAGUGCAACUUUGGGAGAUGCUGCUCAGUCGAAUGCGGUGCUUAAUCCCUUUAAGGCCGUGACAGCUGCUCUGGCUGCGGGCGCUGUCCCGGGUACAGCUGCAGCUGCUGCAUACAAUGGUGCAGCCGAGGCAGCCAACGAAUGGAUGCAAUCGCUUUCUAUGUUCGGCUUAGGCAUGCCCACCGUAUUUCCCGGCACUGCGAUUUAUCGUGCACCGGGACCGCCGCCAUUUGCGAUGUCCAGCAAUUAUCGCGGAUUCGCGCCGCGUGCGCGUGGUCGUGGACGUGGACGAGGCAUGCGGGGCAAUCACUCAUUUUCCUAUUACAAUCCCAAGCAAUACGAUACCGAUCGCUACGAGGAAGAUGAUGGGGACGAUGGUUACUAUCAAAAGGCGUCGCGGGGAAGAAAUCGUUCACGCUCCACCUCUUAUUCACGUAGUCGGAGCCGGUCUCGUGGGCGUCGUCUUAUUUGCCGGUCCAGGCGCAGUCGCAGUCGCUCGAACUAUCGGAAGUCCUCCUAUUCUUUGCGUUCAAGACGCAGCUAUAGUCACAGCAAAUCACCUGUUCACCGUAAGAAUCGGAAAUUAGCUUCGACGCGUCGUUCACGGUCUAGCACCUACACCACCUCACGCUCUCGUUCCCGUUCACGCUCCCGUCGGUCUAAUUCACGCCGAGAACGACGCAGUCGUAACCGUAUCAAGAGUCGCAGUCGUAGCAGAAGUUGCAGCAAUUCCUCGAAAAGGAUUGUUUUGGAAGCUGAUAAGCUAGUGGCAUCCGCCGAGCAUAUACAGCGCACUAUUGAGCAACACACUAAGGAUCGCAUGCGUGAGGAGGUGCGUGAGAUAAAACAAACGUUUCGUCAUCAGCGUAAGAGCAACCAAAGGGAUGAGGAUUUGGAGCCACAGUCAACGAAUGCAAAGCGAGAUGAAGAUGAAAACAAAAGACAUGGCAGCAGCAAGCGUAGUAAUCGCCGCAAUUCUUUGGCAGCGUAGACUAAUGAUACAAUGACAGAGUUCACAAUAAAUUUGUGUUAGUAACUAACCAUAAGCACUACAUAGCUUAUUUAUGCCUAC